AUGGCAAAUAGAACAGCUGACAAUGAAAAUGAGAGUUCUGGGGAGUCGAUUAAGGGGAUUUCUGAGAAAGCAGAUUCUCCCGAGACAGUCAACAACGAUAUCCUCACAGAUAUUCAUUGUGAGGACAAGAAGAGAUUUCGAACGCACUGUUUGAGCAACGAUGGGCUGGUGUCCACUUCGCUUCGAGCCCAGGCUUGGCCGAUUUUAACAGGUUGUGAAGGAAACGAAAGAUCGUUAGAUUCAGUGCCUAUACAGUUCAUGGCACCUCAUAGGGAUGAAUCACAGGUAAAGAAGGAUGUUGAUAGGUCGUACAUCCACUACCCUGAAAAUAUGGCAGAGGAAACUGAACUUGAGCUGAAAGCUCAGUUGAAAAGACUCAUCGUGAGGAUGCUUAGAGAAGUACCAGACCUUAAUUAUUAUCAAGGUUAUCACGAUGUGGCUGCUGUGGUCACCAUAAUUUUUGGCAAGGAUGAACAGACUGCAUUUAAUUUCUUGUACUAUAUGACAUUAAGGUAUUUAAGAGAUCACAUGCUUCAAGAUAUCGAUCCUACUCUCAAACAGUUGGAUUUAAUACCUGAAAUCCUAUGGUACGCUGACAGAAAGUUCUACAAUGCAAUAAAGCCGACAUUGAAGGAGCCCAUAUUUGCUUUGAGUUCGAUAAUAUCGUUGUUUGCACAUGAUCUCAAUAGAUUUGAUGAGGUGUGCUUACUCUGGGAUGCAAUAAUAGCGGAAAAAGAUCCCUCUAUGCCAUUAUACUUAUACGUGAGUAUGAUGGUUCGAUAUAGAGCACAAAUACUACAGCAGAUCAGAGAAGGGGACGGUAGUGCUGAGUUUAUUCACGUGAUAUUGAGUCGUCUGAUAAAUUCCAACAUCAAUUCAUUGAGUAGACAAGCAGCCCAAUCGGAAAUUUCCGCGGUCAUUAAAUCUGCAUUGAAGUUGAAGAGGAAGAUUUGUCCAAUUAGAAAGUUGAGGAGAUUCAGAAGUAUUUCCAAAUAUUCAUGUCUUAAAGAUCGUAAAGUAUCUACAUCUACAUUAGGUUUACAGGUGAAAGAAGAGGCUAUAAAUAUCGCUAAAGCACGCAAAAGAAAGCAAACAGUCGCGCGAUACCAAAGAGUGGCCAAGAAUAUUCAAUCUAUACCACUUCUACUGAAGAUCUCUAUUGGAGUAGGUCUACUCACCGUGAUUCUUGCGCUGGCCAUGGAUCCUCAAUCCAAGAAGACGGCCAAAACGUUCGGCAAUAGCUUGCUAAAUGGAUGGAUAAGGUAG